CACUUCUGCCAAUGUCAACCAGCCUCGACACCGGUGGCUUUGGGUUGUCGCAGGCGGACGGAACGUCAUAAUCCAAUUAGCAGCACUAGUUGAGUUCGCUAACCCAACUAGCUAGCCUGGCCAACAACCGACUGCACUGCUAACUAAACUGAACGUGUGAGUGGUUUGUCAUUUUUGAGACAGCAGUGAACAAGUCAAGGAGAGAAGCAACAACCAAAGAGGGAAACCUUUCAGGUUAUCAACAUCAUUGGUCAUCUAAUGGCAGGAAGGAUGCUGGCGCUACGCCGGAUGCUAGGGAGCACAGGUGCGCACUCGGCCGCGGCGCAGCAGUGCGUCUCGCCUCAUCUGGCCCAGCGCUACAGCACCGCAGCAAAGCAACAGGAGAAUCCAAAGAAGACUAAAUUUGGGCCCUUGAGUGAUCAAGACCGGAUUUUCACAAACUUGUAUGGCCGUCAUGACUGGAGUCUGACGGGUGCUCUGCGUCGGGGUGACUGGUAUAAGACUAAAGAGAUCCUCCUGAAGGGGACCGACUGGAUCCUGAAUGAGGUCAAGGUGUCUGGUCUGAGAGGGAGAGGAGGAGCUGGCUUCCCCACCGGCAUGAAGUGGGGCUUCAUGAACAAACCCAGCGACGGCAGACCUAAGUACCUGGUAGUGAAUGCAGAUGAAGGAGAGCCAGGGACGUGUAAGGACAGAGAGAUCAUGCGUCACGACCCUCACAAGCUGGUGGAGGGCUGCCUGGUGGCUGGGAGGGCCAUGGGAGCCCACGCCGCUUACAUCUACAUCAGAGGAGAGUUCUACAACGAGUCCUCCAAUACACAGGUGGCGAUAAACGAGGCGUAUGCAGCAGGGUUGAUAGGUAAGAACGCGUGUGGCUCUGGGUACGACUUUGAUGUGUUUGUGAUGCGGGGGGCAGGAGCCUACAUCUGUGGGGAGGAGACGGCCCUCAUCGAGUCCCUGGAGGGCAAGCAGGGGAAACCCAGACUCAAACCACCCUUCCCCGCUGACAUAGGGGUGUUCGGAUGCCCAACAACGGUUGCUAAUGUGGAGACGGUUGCCGUGGCGCCUGCUAUCUGUCGUCGAGGUGGAGCGUGGUUUGCGAGCUUCGGGAGAGAGAGGAAUGCUGGGACAAAGCUUUUCAACAUCUCUGGUCACGUAAACACUCCGUGCACAGUAGAGGAAGAGAUGUCCAUUCCUCUCAGAGAACUCAUAGACAGACACGCAGGAGGUGUGAGGGGCGGCUGGGACAACCUACUGGGAGUGAUCCCUGGAGGCUCCUCGACACCCAUUAUCCCUCGCUCUGUGUGUGAUGAUGUCAUGAUGGAUUUUGAUGACCUCGUCCGUGCAGAGUCCGCUCUGGGCACCGCCGCUGUCAUCGUCAUGGACAAAUCUACUGAUGUAAUCAGAGCCAUCGCCCGUCUGGUUGAGUUCUAUAAACAUGAGAGCUGUGGCCAGUGCACCCCCUGCAGGGAAGGAGUGGACUGGAUGGAUAAGAUGAUGUGGCGGUUUGUGCGUGGCGACGCAGCCAACUCAGAGAUUGAUAUGAUCUGGGAGCUGAGUAAACAGAUCGAGGGCCAUACCAUCUGUGCUCUGGGGGACGGGGCUGCAUGGCCUGUACAGGGUCUGGUUCGCCACUUCCGUCCGGUCAUGGAGAGCCGCAUCUCGGAGUACCACAAGAAGAACCCUGCCAGGGAGGCUGACAUUGAGAUGAUCUGAGCUGAGACAGAUAUCAGACUGAGACUAAACUCCCUGCUCCUAACACACUGAUCUUAUCACUCCUCACUUCAAAUCAUUUCCAUUGCUCAAUGACUGCUUCCGUUUUAUUGGCUAUUUACUGUAUGUUAAUGAACCUAGCACCUAUUCAAUACCGACCCACUUUGUUUGUUUUUAUGCAUGUUUGUUAUUGUGUUCAUGUAUUUAUUCAUUUCAUGUAUGUACUUCAGAUGACCUCUGAAUAUACAAGGUUCACCACCUCUUUCUGCAGCUCCUCCACCUCUCCUUUCAGCUCCUUC